AGACGGCCAGAAUUGGUCUAUUCGAUAGUUGGGAAUCAACUGGGCAUACCACAUAUCGAGAAGGUCAUCCUGGAGGAAACGCAGGAGAAGGUGAUUCGACAGGCGGACCAUAUCCGGAACGUGCCGGAGAUGACGAUUGGCCAACACUGGUCAUCGAGGCCGGUGUCUCUCAGACACUAGGGGGACUUCAUAGGGUCAUGCAAUGGUGGUUUCAGGCGUCAAACCACCAGAUCAAGAUUGUUCUUCUGGUCAAGUUUGACUCUACUCACCGAGCCAUCGUUUUGGAAAAGUGGGAGGAAGAACCACGCGAUACCUGUCCGGGGGUUACCACAACACGAUACACUGCUGCUCUUCAACCUGUACGCCGGCAGCACAUCUCCAUUACUCGGGAUAGCAGCACAAACCCGGUAUCAUACAAUGUCACUAGCGGUGCAUUGGUGUUGGGGUUCAGGCUUCUCUUGCUCCGAGACCCAAGCCCCACAGAAAGAGACAUCGUGAUCAGCGUGCAGGAUUUGCAGACCUACGCGGAGAAAGUCUGGCGGCGUGUUGUAUAAGGUAGCUGGUAGUUUGUUUUAGAGCGAUGACCUUCAUAUG